AUGAGCUCAUAAAACAAGAACAGAGUAUUCGUAGUUGGUGUUGGCAUGACCAAAUUUAUCAAGCCUGGAAAUCCAUCAAAUCCUGACUACCACAUUUUAGCAAAAUAAGCUAUCUAAAGAGCUUUGAGAGAUGCUAAUGUUCCUUAUAAUAAAAUAUAAUCUGCAUGCGUAGGAUUUGUUUACGGAGAUUCUUGCUGUGGACAAAAGGCUGUUUACGAAGCUGGCAUGAGUGGUAUUCCCAUUUACAAUGUAAAUAAUAAUUGUGCUACAGGAUCUACCGCUAUUUAUAUGGCUAUCUAAUUCAUUUAAGGAGGUAAUUAAGAUUGCAUCUUAGCUUUAGGUUUUGAAAAGAUGGAAAAAGGAUCUCUUGCCAUGAAGUAUAAUGACAGAGCUAAUCCUCUUGCCGAUUUCUUAGGAAAGACUUCUGAAUGGACUGAUUUCACUGAAGCUCCUUUUGCUGCUUAAAUUUUUGGAAAUGCAGGAAGAGAACACAUGAAAUUAUUUGGAUCUAAGCCUGAACAUUUCGGUAAAAUUGCCUAUAAAAACCACUUACACAGUGUCAACAAUCCAUACAGUCAAUUUAGAGACAGAUACACAUUGGAAUAAAUUAUGAAGUCUCCUAAGAUUCAUGAACCUUUAACCAAGCUUUAAUGUUGUCCUACUUCUGAUGGUUCAGCUGCUGCAAUUAUUUGCUCUGAAAAAUUCGUUAUUGAAAAUAAUUUACAAGAUUAAGCUGUUGAAAUUCUUGCUAGCGCUCUAACUACUGAUAAAAACAACACUUUUGAUGAUAAGUCAUUCAGAAAGCUUGCUGGAUAUGACAUGUCUAAGAGAGCUGCUGAAAAGGUUUACACUGAGGCUAAAGUAUGCCCUAGAAGUAUUGGUGUAGUUGAGUUGCAUGAUUGCUUUAGUGCUAACGAGCUUGUUACCUAUGAAGCUCUUGGUCUCUGCGAUGAAGGUAAGGCAGGCGAAUUCAUUGAUAAGGGUGAUAACACUUAUGGAGGAAGAGUUGUUGUUAAUCCUUCAGGUGGUUUAAUCUCCAAGGGACAUCCCUUAGGAGCUACUGGUUUAGCUUAAUUGACUGAAUUAUGCUGGUAACUUAGAGGUAUGGCUGAUAAGAGACAAGUCCACAAUCUUUAAUAUGCUCUCCAACAUAACUUAGGUCUUGGAGGAGCAUGCUAUGUUGCACUUUAUAAAAAAUACAACUAAAACAAGGGAUAUACUCGUCCUGAUUAAACCUCUGAUCCUGAUGUUCUUGAAUCUUUUGAAAAAGCUUCUCAAUAAAAACCCAGACUUUGA